AUGUCGGAAGAGAAUCUGUCGAGGGCCGAGGCGAGAGACGAGGCGAGAGACGACGCGAGAGACGACGCGAGAGACGACGCGAGAGACACCGCGACGCUCUCGCAACUGUUCGACAGAGCGUUCGAGCUGUUCAACGACAUCAACAAAACGGACGAACCGACGAACAGUACGAAGGUUCAGUCCGACGUGAAACGCGCUAUGCAUAUGUUUGAAGAUGCAACGAAAUUGGUCUCUAUAGUCGACAUGUUCAGCGAGAACGAAACCUUCGACGAAGUGGCCACGGAGAACGUCAAGUAUUUGCUACUGCCGGCUCUCCUCGGUACUCUCGCCACGAAACUUUGCAACGUGGACGAUCGAAUGCAUAUCGUGACCGUUGCCGAAAUUUAUUUCGUCGACUUCCUGAAGCGCGUUAAAGCGUACGGCCUGACCGACGCGAACGUGCCGAACAUUCGCUCGGAUCGCGAGACCGAGCACGAGCCCGAGAGAGUUCGUUCGAACGGCGAGGCGAUCACGGAGAUGGUAUGUCGCCGGAACACCAAGCUGCAGAGAUACAAAGAGCAAAAAGAACUGGAGGCGCGCUUGGAAACCCUCGGAAAGAAUCUAUCCAAUCCGAACAUCGACGACGAGAUUAAACGCGAAUACUUUGUCACGCUCGUCAAGUUGUACGUCAACCUGUCUAUAGAAGAACUAACUAUGCUGGCCGCGGAAAAGCCGAUUCUCGAGCAUAUCAAGAACACGGGGAAAACCGAAAGCGCGGCGUCGCACGCGCCGCGGAAGCAGAAGCCGUCCUCCGUCAAGUUGCAGCCGAUCAUUAUCACGCGGGACGAACUGCAAAAGAAAGUCUACGGGGCUGGCUAUCCCAGCUUACCUGUUCUCACCGUUCAAGAAUUUUACGACCAGCGCGUCAAGGAGGGAGAUUGGCCGGAUCCGGCGCAGCAGGACAAGGGGAAAUGUUUGCAAGACAUCGCAAACACCAGUGGGAACGACGCUGAACAGGAGGACGUUCAACGAGAAGAACUGAUCGAAGCCGACGACGCGGCUACUUUGAGGCAAUUGCGUGCCAUGGACGAAUACAAGGAUACGCACAGAAGAGGAUGGGGCAAUCGUGCCAACAGAAGCUGAACGAAACCGUUCCCCUUUGUCGCUCGACGUUUCCGAUCCCCCGCUAGAGAGACCAGGAAACGUAAACGAAGGGACACCUUAGGCCCCCUUAAAUGGACAUCGCAUUUCACAUUAUUACCAGUUAUUUUAUUCACCGAAACACAACACACUUGGAAAUUCGGAAUUUUCAUGCUACUCGGGUGAACAUUUUUAUAUUACUUUAUUCUUUACUCGCUUCAUUCAGCUCGACAUGAUUGUUUACUUCGUUAUCUGUGUACAAUACGAGUAAA